AUGACUAUUCAAAAUGCGCAAAUGAACGGAAAUCGCUUCCCAAUACCCUCAUCUUCACGCCUAUUCGCCUCCUCCGAAGCCUCGGCAGUAGAAGGCUUGGCAGCCAUCUGCUCCCAAGAAACAAAGCCAGAAGACUACCCACUCGCCGCCUCGAUUGAGAAGAAUGUGCCUAUCUAUGAUCUCCCCGCUUAUUCCAGCCUGACAAAAACGCAAUGCGAUGCUCUUCAGGACGAGUGGUAUCACGUGCUGAUCUCGGGCCCAGGCGUCUUCGUUACCAAGGGGCUCUACCGUGACAAAGCGCUGAUUGAUGCGGUAAACACAGCAUUCGCCUCCAUCAUCGAAGAAGAGAAGAAGUCAGAGACUGCAAAGGGCGACCACUUCGCGAGUGCAGGUACAAACGACCGUAUAUGGAACUCAUUCAGCAAGCAUGGCCUCACAGACCCGGCUUCAUUUGUCGAAUACUACUCGAACCCAUAUGUUGGCCUAAUCUCCAGCGCUUGGCUUGGACGGGGCUACCGUAUCACCGCGCAGGUCAACAACACCAAACCAGGCGCCUCUCCUCAGGUUUGCCAUCGGGAUUAUCAUGUUGGCUUCCAGACCGCGGAGGCGGCGGCCCAGAUCCCGCGCGCGAUGCAGAUCGCCAGCCAACUGCUCACCCUUCAAGGCGCCGUAGCUCACUCAAAUGUCCCUCUCGAGAGCGGGCCAACGCGGUUGCUACCUUUCAGCCAGACGUUUGAGGCUGGGUACAUGGCCUAUAGAAGGCCAGAGUUUAACGAAUUCUUCUUGAACAACUAUGUCGCUUUGCCGUUGGAGGUCGGCGACGGAUUAUUUUUCAACCCUGCACUUUUUCACGCGGCUGGCGAGAACAUAUCAACUGAUGUAUACCGGAUGGCAAACCUGCUGCAGAUCAGCAGCCCCUUCGGCAAACCAAUGGAGUCGGUUGAUGCUGUGCCGCUUGUGGAGAAGAGCUGGGAUCAUUUGGUCAAGUUGUAUGAAGCUCAGGAUCUGAGUGAUGAAGUGAAAGCGUUUUUAGCAGCUGUAGCUGAGGGUUACCCCUUUCCUACCAACUUGGACAAAAACCCACCACGGAACGAAGGCAUGGCGCCGGAGUCGGAGCAGGACAUUAUCACUAAGAAUUUGGUAGAGAAGCGAAGCAAAGAAGAGGUAGUACAUGCACUCAAGGAGUUUGUCACUAAGUCGCUAGCAUAG